AUGCAAUUUGAGAAUAUAUGGAAUCAAGUGAAAGAUAAAAACGAAGCUGCUAUUAUAAAAGAAUAUAAUUAUAUUGCAAGACGUGACACAAUUAUACUCACAACAUUUGCCGUUAUUAGCGGAUCUAUUUGUACUAUCGGCCAGUAUUUAUCGAAUCUUAUUGUUUUACCAAAAAAUAUAUCUCGUCUACCUAAUCUAAAUAAGAUAGAAUAUUUUAUCGAUCAAGAAAAAUACUUUUAUUUAAUUUUGUUGCACUUCUAUGCACUUCUAUGCAUCGGAGGAGUUGUGCCUUUAGCAUUAGGAACAAUGAAUUUUACAUGUAGUCGUUAUAUCUGUGGAAUGUUUAGAAUUGCUAGUUAUCGUAUCGAGCAUGCAAUAAAUAUCAAUAUCCGACAAAAUAUUACGCUGAAGAAUGAGAUUUUGAUGAGAGAGGAUAUAAUAUGUGCCGUCGAUAUUCACCGACAAGCUAUGAAAUUGUCCAAACUUUUGGUAUUCGAGGUAAUGGUGUUUUGUUUGAUAAUAUUUGGCAUGACUUGCUUAAUCCUAAAUCUGUUUCAAGUAAGUUUUCUGUUUCAUAUUGUAAUAUAUGAAAAUGUAUGCAAAUACUGUUCCAAAAUUAUGUAUAUUAACAAAAUUAUUCAAUAA